UCUAGCCUGCGUGCAGCCGGCUACAUUAUUAAUUAUAUUAUUAAUAAUGGAACUAUUUCCGGCUGAACGCAGGCUAUGACGAGCAGACUCUUACCAAGGCUUUCGAAUUUUUCUUUGGCUAGCUGUUGCAAUACAAUGAACGCCUGUCGGUUUCUUGAUCACUCUUGCUUUUAUUGACGAAGGGGGUGUUUUUGUCGCUCAUCCUUCAGUUGACGUAAUGGAUAUAGAUAAAAUUCUUAGCUCUAUAGGCGGUUUUGGAUUUUUUCAGAAGCGCAAUUCAUUCAUUCUAGGUUUAGUGAUUUUUAUUGCGACGUUUCAAACGGUCUUGAUUGUGUUCGUGGGCAUGGAGCCGCCAUGGAAAUGUGCCCAAGAUAGCACAACCUGUACACUAAAUGGUACUUUCUCCAGCGGUGACGAGAAUUAUGAUUCUCGCUGUAGCAUGAAUCGUUCCGAUUGGGAGUUCACCUCUGGAUUUACGUCAAUAGUGAGUGAGUGGGACCUUAUAUGUGGGAAGGCAGCUAUGGCUAGCCUUGCUCAGUCCAUACUAUUUAUAGGCUGGAUCCCAGGUGCAUUCAUCAUUGGCAAACUUUCUGACAUGUUUGGCCGUACCAGAAUGCUCUUCCCUUCAAUAGCAGUUGUAGCUGUUGCAUCAUUGUCAUGUUCUUUUGCACAACAUUUAUGGCUAUACCUGGUACUACGUGCAAUUGUUGGAUUUUUUGAAGGCGGAGUAUACAUUGUUCUCUAUGUGUUGAGUACAGAGUUUGUUGGGCCAGCACAUCGCAGUCUUGCAGGGACACUAAACUGGGUGUUUUUCACUCUCUCUUUGAUAACUUUGGAUGGCCUUGCUUAUGGUCUACAUGACUGGAGACAUCUAUCCAUCGCUGUUUCAGUACCAGCACUUCCACUGUUUUUUUUCUGGUGGUUGGUUCCAGAGUCUUGCCGAUGGCAGCUUGUCAAUAACAGGUGCAAAGAAGCUAGACAGACCCUGGAGCACAUCGCAAAACUUAAUGGCAAGAACCUGCCAUCAGAUGUUAUGCCAGCUAUUAACAAUGUUGAGGAGGAAAAGUUAUUUCGUGGGGGUAUCUUGGACCUUUUCAAACCAAGGCAACAGCUCAAACAGACGCUCAUACUAUGGUUUUCCUGGUUAACUAAUGCCAUGGUGUAUUAUGGGGUGACGUUAAGUGCCGGUGUGCUGGGUGGUAGCUUGUACCUGAACUUCCUGUUGGCCUCGCUUGUGGAGCUACCCGGGAACCUCUUCUCCAUCUGGUUUAUGAACCUUGCUUUUCAGGUUGGUGGCAUAAAAUUCUAUGGCAGAAAACGUGCUCUGAUUAUUGGACUCAUUCUAGCUGCUUUGUUUUGUACUUUUGUGUCUGUAUUUCCAAAGAAAGGGCCUGGACACUACCAAGUGAUUAAAAUAAUAUCUGCAGUCCUGGGCAAGUUUUGUAUAUCCAUAUCGUUCUGCACCAUAUAUGUCACGUCUACAGAACUUUUGCCCACAGUGAUCAGAAAUAUAGGCAUGGGGAGCAUGGCGGUGUUCGACCAGCUAGGUGCGUCUCUGGCACCUUUUAUAAUCCUACUGGACAAGUCACACCCCAUCCUACCUUUCAGUUUGAUGGCGGGAUUUGCUCUUAUCGCCGGCCUUCUCUGCCUUCUGCUACCCGAACCCCUUGGUAGACGAACUUUGGAAACCCUAGAUGACGUCAACCGUGACAACGCGACGUUUGCAUUGCCAGCGGAUAAUACCGAUACGAUAGAUACUGCACUAUAG